AUGAAUAUUAUUCCAUCAGAAGGAAUAAUUCCAUUUGGGGGAAUAGCUGUUCUCAAUAUCUCUUGUAGACCUACUGUGGCAGAAAAGUUUGAUACAAGAGCAAAGAUUGCUAUUCGUGAUGCAAAUGUUAUCGACCUUAGGAUCGGUGGAACUGCUCAAAUUGCUGAUGUAGAAAUCAGUCCUGAAGUACUUAAUUUCACUGGCGCCUAUGUUGGUGGUACGCAGACUAUUCCAUUUGUAAUAAAAAACAAAGGUGUAACACGUGCCAGAGUGGAGUUUAAUCUAAAAGACUUUCCAGAUUUUUCAAUGGAUCUUAAAGACAAAUCAGAGGAAUUUAAAAACCCUGCCCUUCCUUAUAUAUAUUCUUUGGAAAUAGAGGGAAAUACAUCUCUGGAAUGCGGCAUGUCAUUUUCUCCGAAAGAAGUGGCAGUAGUUGAAUUUGCCAUUCAAGUUCGGAUUAAUUUCUUUCAGUCUUCAAAGCUCUACACUAAAUAUUUAUCUAGUGCCCCUUCGGAUCCAAUAACAGUACCACUUAUCCGACCAUGUUGUGUUCAAGCUAUUGCAUUACAGUCACCAUUGAAAUUAUCUAGUACUAAGCUUGUAUUGGAAAUCCCUUUACAUGAGAUGAAUCUUAAUAAAAACAUCACAAAAACUCGGAAUCUUGUUUUACAUAAUAUUACCGAACGCCAUGUGACAUGGACUUUGGAUAUUAAUAAUACUGGCAACCUUUUCAAAGAUGGCACAUUCAACUGCAGUGCAUUAAAGGGGCUUCUACAACCGCAAGAAAAGUACAAUGUUUCCAUAAAUUUCUGUCCAAAACAUCCUGGAAAAUAUACAGCAGCUAUUCCUAUGCUUUUAAAUGAUAUUCCAGUUUGCUAUAGAAUAUUAUCUCUUACUGGAGAAGUAAAAUCACCAAAGUUAUUGUUUGACCCUCCAUUUAUAUUUUUCACUCCUGUUCCUUUGAAUAUAACAACUGUGAUGGAUGUCAAAAUUUUACCUCAAAAUUAUUUCAGAAUGUCAACUCUACGUGUCCAGAUUCCCACAGUAAGGCUUCUUGAUGGCCAAGAAAUUCAGCCUCUUACUGUGAAAUUUCCAAAAGGCAGCAUCAUCCGAGGCUCUCCCAAUGGAAUUAAUAAUAAGAUGACUUGCUGCCUCACGCUCAACUCACCUAAGCCUGUGUCGUUUUUUACCAAUCUUCUUUUCUGUGAUAAUACACAAAACUGGUUUUCGCUCCCAGUAGCUGCAACAGCAGAAAACUGCAUUCUUACUACUUACCCAUAUAUGGCAAUUCAUCUGGAUAAGCAAAAGAUUAUUUUAAAGAAUGAUAAGGAUGAAUAUCUUAGGAAACCUAGAGACCUUGUUUCACCUCCCUGCCAGGAUGCUAAAUCAUUCCCUCCUGCUUCAAUUAAAAAGAAAGACACCACUAGCAAAUUAAAUGAUGCUGAAAGUGCAAGGGGAAACAUAUUUAUUGGAGUGGAAGCACUGCCUGAAAAUUUCCACCUGGAUAAAAGUGAAUCAAAGAAAGAUAAGAAAAUAUGUGAGCAAUUACUUUCUAUCGAAGAAGAGACAAAGACACACUGCUUUUUUGAGCAAGUUGUAAAUGCAGCGCAGAUCUGGUUCAGCCUCUUUGGCUGGCCUGAAGGACCUCAUUCUCUUUGUAUUCCAGGGUCUGUAAGAAGGGAUGUAUAUAAAAUGAAACCCUACUCAUCAACCUCAUCACCUCAAAAGUUUUCCAGACAGAAUGAUUUUUCCAAAUAUAAUAAAACAAUUUAUGAUGUGCUCCUCCAUUUGAGUGGAACAAUGCCACCUGGAAUUAGUUCAAGUCAAUCUUUACCUGUGGAUAAUAAUGAAAGGAUAAUUCAACUUCACAGGCAACACUCUUCACUUUUGGAGUUUCUCAAUGCUCAAGGAGGAUGUACUUCACAUAUACUGCCAGAAUUUUUGCUUGAACCAGAAGACUAUAAGAGGUGGAUUGAAAUCACGUCUUCCACUCAUACCACGCCUGAGAGUUCCUGUACACCUCAGGAAAAAUGUUCUGUUGUCAUAGAAAUGUCUAAAUUUGAAGACUGGAGUAAACGGGCAUGGACAGAUAUAUUUCUACAGAUAUACAAGGUUUUUGUUCUAUCCCGUGUGGUACCAUACAACAGCAAUAAUAUGCCCCCCAUAUAUGUGCAAAAUGCACCGAAGUUCAAUCGUUGUUUUGCAUCUAGUAACUUAUAUUCUGACUCUGAAAGAAUUUUGCUUAAUUGGAUGAACAUAAACUAUGAGAAUACUCGACAUGUGAUAUGGAAGAACUGUCCCAAAGAUGUUUUCCCCUCUGAGAGAUGGAUAGUAAAUUUUGACAAAGACCUUUUAGAUGGCCUAGUUUUGGCAACACAGUUGGGAGCCUAUUGCCCAUUCUUGAUUGAGUCUCAUUUCAUAAAUAUGUACACAAAACCAAGAACAGAGGAACAGUAUUUGCACAAUUGCCUGAUUAUCGUAAAUACUCUUUAUGAAAUUGGUUUUGACAUUGACAUACAGGUAUGUCUGUGAGGGUGUUUCCAGAGGAGGUGGAUGCAGGAGUCAGUGGAUGCAGGACUGAGAAAGAAAGAUAUUCCCUUAAUGUGGGUUGGUACCAUGCAAUUGGCUGUGGUAGUGGCCAGAACAAAGAGGCAGGAGAAUGAGGAUAUUCAGUUUGCUUAUUUUCUUUGUUUGUUUGCUCUUUUUUAUUUUUGUCAUGGUCUCUUUCUCCCUUUGGGAGCAGGAUGCCUUUUUUUCUCCUUCUGCCCUUGGACAUCUGAUUCCAGGUUUUUCAACCUUUGGACUCUAGUACUUGCACCCAGCAGCCUCCUUUGGGUUUUCAGGCCUUCAGCUUCAGAAUGGGGCCUGCACUGUAGCUUCCCUGGUUUGGGGGCUUUUGGACUUGGCCUAAGCCAUGCUUCUGGCUUCCUUGGGAGACCCUAUUGGCUUCUGUCAUUCUGUAGUUUGUAGCCAGCCUACUGUGGGACUUCACCUUUGUGAUUGUUGAGCCAAUUCUUCCUAAUAAAUUCCCUUUCAUAUAUAU